AUGAGUAGGAACGUGGACAAGGCUAACUCCGUAUUGGUGCGGUUCCAAGAACAGCAGGCAGAGUCCUCAACUGGAUAUAAAGACUAUUCACGCUACAAGAGACCCAAGAACGUUUCCAAGAUAAAAUCUAUAAAGGAGGCCAACGAAUGGAAGCGACAAGUAAGCAAGGAGAUACAACAAAAAAGCACAAGAAUAUACGACCCGUCUUUGAAUGAGGUGCAGAUCACAGAACUCAACGACGAACUGAAUGAUCUGUUCAAAGAGUGGAAGAGAUGGCAGUGGCACAUCGACCACAAGCUUCUGGAGAAAAGAACAAAGAGGAAGACGCUAGAAGACAGCCAUCUGCUGACAAACGCAGGGAAGAUAAUACACGGGAAGAGAUAUUUUGGGAGGGCUUUGGAAUUGCCCGAAGUGAAAGAAUGGGUCAAACAGCAGGAGACUCAGAAGCAGAAUCACACGGAUAUCGUGAACACGAAACUCGUACCGAAAAAUAAGAAUGACUAUUACUAUCUUGGUAACGUUACAACUGCUAUAACGGAUUUUGAAGCUAACUGGACGCCUGUUUUAAAAGCUCAUUACAAUUUGCCUGUGAAUGAGCAAAAAAAAGAACUAGAAGAAGAAAGAGGAAAAUAUAAACAAGACACGCAUGUGCCCACUCUUGCUGAUAUGGAGCAGUGGCUGGUGCAGAGAAGAAAGAAAAAAUUGUUAGAUGAACUGAACCUUUAG